AUGCUUGAGCCUGAGUCCCCAGAUGCGGGUGGGAAGCACGAUAACGAUCUACUGCCAUUUGAGCCUCCAUCUCCCGAAGAUGACUUCUAUGACAACGAGAUGGAGCCCAUCAUGCCCCAGCCCACAAACUUUGCUUCGGCCAGGUCUCAGGGUAACCCCACCGAAUUCAAGAUAGUAUAUCACCCCCAUAACGCUCGCCUUAGUACUAGUCAGUGGAUGAUUUUCGCCGUCGUACCGACACCUCACUCCGCCCAGAUGAAGACGAACCUUGGCUGCCCUUUCGCAGUCGUGCAGACUGCAAGCUCGCGUCGAUAA